CCUCUCCGCGUCCCCAGCUCGCACCCGCGGCCGGCGGCCGGUCCCGCCCCCGGCACCAUGCUGCCCUCACAGGAGGCCUCCAAGCUGUACCACGAGCACUACAUGCGGAACUCGCGGGCCAUCGGCGUGCUGUGGGCCAUCUUCACCAUCUGCUUCGCCAUCAUCAACGUGGUGGUCUUCAUCCAGCCCUACUGGGUGGGCGACAGCGUGAGCACCCCCAAGCCUGGCUACUUCGGCCUCUUCCACUAUUGCGUGGGCAGCGGGCUGGCGGGCCGCGAGCUCAUCUGCCAGGGCUCCUUCACCGACUUCAGUACCAUCCCAUCGGGAGCCUUCAAGGCGGCGGCCUUCUUCGUGCUGCUCUCCAUGGUGCUGAUCCUCGGCUGCAUCACCUGCUUUGCCCUCUUCUUCUUCUGCAACACGGCCACGGUCUACAAGAUCUGCGCCUGGAUGCAGCUCUUGGCAGCCCUAUGCCUGGUCCUGGGCUGCAUGAUCUUCCCCGACGGCUGGGACGCCGAGACGAUCCGGGACAUGUGUGGGGCCAAGACUGGGAAGUACUCCCUGGGGGACUGUUCAGUGCGCUGGGCGUACAUCCUGGCCAUCAUCGGCAUCCUCAACGCCCUCAUCCUCUCCUUCCUCGCCUUCGUGCUGGGCAACCGGCAAAUAGACCUUCUGCAAGAGGACCUGAAGCAGGAGAACAAAGACUUCGUGGGCUCCACAGCAAGCUCCAUGUUGCGGCCAGGGGGUGAUGUCUCUGGAUGGGGAGUCCUCCCCUGCCCUGUGGCUCACACACAGGGACCCUGAAGGCCGGGACCCCAGCCCAGGAAUUGGCCUGACCUCAGCUUGUCCCGUCACCUGCCUUUCGUCCCUCUGUCCAGGCUCUGAGGGAAGAUCUUGGACUGACUUAUCAGCUACAGCCAGCCUGGGAGCUCCAGGCUCUGAAGAAAUGCCAGGGCCAGUCUGCGGCCUGGUGGAGGGGAGACCUGCAGACUGUGGGAGGGGCUGAUUCUGGGUCCUGUCUCACUGCGGCCUGAGGAACCUGGAUCCUCUUCCCUUGGCUUCUCUGCUCCUCUUCAGACUGGCCUGCAGAAGCCCAGAAAAGGGAGGUGCCCUGGUUCCCACUCCCAGACCUCACCAGUCUGGAAGGCUGCUACCUGGCUAUCCCUUCGCCGCCUACAGAGGCUGACUGACACUGCCCCCGGUGGGCCGGACUUUUUCCUACUUUUUUUUUCCCCCUGAUGAUGGUUCCACCACAUCUGCCACAGAGCUCCAGGUGCCACCAGCCUCGCCGGGCUUCCCCUGCCCCAGCUCACGCCCAGCACCCGGAAGAACAUGAGCUGUGCCAAGGGGAGAGCGUGGGACCUCGCUGUCACUUGCUGCCUGGAGCCCUGAGCAGCCCAGAGCCUGCAAACAGACACAGGUUCUGGGGGCAGGGAGGAGGUGUGGACCCAGGUGGCUGGCACUCACACUGCGCAGCCUGGGUGGCCUGGCCUCCUCUCUGCUGGGCUGUCUGUCACUCCUGUGUCUGGACCCUUGACCCUGGCCUGUUUUGUAUAGCACAGACCUCUUGGCCCUGUUGUCAGGGUUGGGGUCGAGGGGUAAAGGUGGGGAAUUAGGGGACGCGUCACCCCUUCUACCCUUCUCACGGCCCCGACACGCCCUGGCAUCUGCCAAGGGCAGAGACUGUCUUGCCUCUUUGAUACUUUUCUGCAUAACUUGAACUUGCAGGUCACCUCUGAACAGGGUACCCCUGUCCCCACUCCCAGGCCUUGUGAACUCAUCCCUGCCUCUUCCUCUCCUUGCCCACCUGUCGCCUUGCGAUCUGCCCAGGGUACGCAGCCCACCGGGCAGUGCUUGGAGCUGAGGCACGAGUGAGUGUGUGUGCGUGUGUGCGUGUGUGAGUGUGUGUGUGUUGGAGAGGGGCAGAGAAGCCCCUACCCCCGACAUUGGGCUUCUCCCUUUCCCUCAGCAGGGCAAGUGUGGGAGGUCCCGAUGUCUUCUGAACACAUGGCAUCACCUUGUGGAUUUGGUGGCAGAGCCAUCUACCCUUGGGAGCCCUCUGGCUUGUGGCUGAACAGCCCUUGCCAGAACCUGGUCGGGAGCAGCAGACCAACUUCAUCUUGGGUGCUGGCUUCUUAGUUGGGUGCGCACUGCCUGGCCCACUGUGGAGCCUCCCAGCUGCUUGGGGAAGUGUGCUGUUUUCAUGGGUCAUGUUAGCCUCGGCCAGCAGGGAGGAAAUCAGCUUGAGGGCCACCUGUGUGCCACCCUAUGUUCUUUUCCAUGGGGCUUGGGCCUCAGAAAGACCCGCGUCUGCACAGCCCCGUCUGGAGCUUUGUUGGAGUCAAAUGCUGGGUCAUGGUACAGUUCCAGCCUUGGGCGUUAGCAAGUCCUGACCCCAUCUCUCGCUACUCUUCACCAAGGCCCUGGCCCUUGCCUGUGCCCCCCACCCUGCAGGAGCGCUGGAGGUGGGGGUGGGCUCCGGGACUCCGCUAAAUGGGACAGGAGUGAGCUCCGGAGUUCAACCAAAGUGCAGCACGGGAGGGAGAGUGACGGAGGGGCAGGAAACAAGUGCCUGGGGAAGAGGAGGAGAGGUGGGAAGGGGACAGAGGGUGCAGAGAUAAUAGACACAACAGGAAAAAGAGAAGAAGGAGGCACAGAUGAGGAGAAUGGAGAGGCCGAGGUGACUGCAGGGCCUGGAGACGGGUACGGAGCUGAGGAGAGAAGGGAAAGGAGUGGAACCCGAGGUCUGUGAGGGAGAGGGAACCUGGAGGAGCAACAGUGAGUAGAAGGGUGAGGGGACAGGUGCAGGGGCUGUGGGGAGGUGAUUUGCAGGGCGCAAGAGUGAGAUGGACAGGAAAGAGGACAGGAGGAGGAGGAGGAUGGAGGUGGCGAGACGCUGCUGUU